AUGAUCACGACUGAUGCGCUGAGUGAUGGAUCUUUGCAAGAUUUUGACAACCUGGUACCUGGUAUCUUUGAGUCUGAGUCCAAUAUCCUCGUGACUAAUCAAAGCAAUGCCUUCAUGGUUGCCCCAGGUGUCCAGCCAUCCACGGCUCUCUUUGCAGAACAAGAUUCUCGUCGAGGAUUCCUCGUUGCUUCGGCCGGGGCAGCUGUUGGUGUCUUGAUCCAGGGAAAUGCCCCUGCUCUUGCUGUUGAUGACCUUGCCAUGCCAUCAGCGGAGGAAGAAGCAGCUCAGAGAAAAGCUGAAAUGGAUGCAAGGAUCAAGUUGAAAGCAGAGUUGAAAGCCAAGGCAGCGUCGCCCAAGACAUUCCAGGAUGGCCUGAAAGCUGAAAAGGAAAAGAGAGAGAAGGAUAAGUCAAUGACACAAGCAGAACGGCGCAAUGCGAUGUGUGAGGACUUGGGCCGAGGUUGCUAA